UCCAAGAAGAUUUCGAUUGGCGCCUCCGUCAUAAUCACUCUGUCGAAAGUCCAUAAAAUCUUUUCAGAGUGGCUCUUAUCAUACAUCAUUUUCAGAGUGUAAAUAUAUAUAGUAGAUAAACACUUGAAUAGAGCUUCUGUGGUGCGCAGCACAGCCUGCCUACUAACACCUUUGCACAGACACACACAUAGUUACAGAACAACCCAUUUCUCCUUCCUCCCCUACCCUGUCUUGCCCUUCAUACUCAUUACUAACAAUCUCUUCCCAACUUUUUUCUUCACAUCUCUCGCACCCCUCCUCUUCCCUGCAAAAAGAGAGGCAGUACUGGCCAUUCUCCUCCUCGAACCGUCGCAUAUUCGAUCCAUAAAGGUAAUAUAUAUAUAUAUAUAGUGAGAGAAAGGGAGAGAGAGGGAGAGAGAUAGUUGAUCUUUUUCUUAAUUUGGUCAACGACAACGUCCCAGCACAUUCAACAAUGACCAUGAGGCUUUCUUUGUCUGCCUACAAACAAGUACAGCCUCGUGUGAAUUUCCAAGGGGGGCUCAACAUGAAACCUUUCUUUCGUCGAAAAGAUAAGGUUGUGUUCGUUCUUGGACCGACUGGCACUGGCAAAUCAAGGCUGGCUAUUGACCUAGCAACCCACUUCCCAGCCGAGGUUGUCAAUUGUGACAAAAUGCAAGUUUAUAAAGGCCUAGAUAUAGUCACAAACAAGGUGACGGAAGAGGAGUGUCGAGGCGUGCCCCAUCAUUUACUUCGCAUAGCAGACCCUAAUGCAGAUUUCACUUCCGAUGACUUCAGGCACCACGCAUCACUUGUUGUCGAAUCAAUCGUCACACGUGAUCGGCUGCCGAUCAUUGCCGGUGGAUCCAAUUCGUACGUGGAGGCUUUAGCAAAUGAUGAUCCUGAGUUUCGAUUAAGGUAUGAAUGUUGCUUUCUUUGGGUGGAUGUGUCACUACCUCUACUCCACUCAUUCGUAUCAGAUCGGGUUGAUCGAAUGGUAAGAGCAGGCUUGAUUGAUGAGGUGAGAGAUGUGUUUGAUCCAACUAAAUUUGAUGAUUAUUCACAAGGAAUCAAGCGGGCAAUUGGGGUUCCUGAAUUAGAUCAAUUUCUACGAAACGAGACGAUUGUGGAUGCUAAAACACGUAGAAAGCUUCUUGAUGAGGCCAUUGAAAAAAUCAAAGAAAAUACUUGUAUGCUAGCUUGCCGACAAUUACAAAAAAUCCGUCGACUUCAUAGCAUAUGGAAUUGGAAAAUGCACCGAAUCGAUGCCACACCAGUUUUCCUAGCAAGUGGAAAGGAGGCUGACAAUCUUUGGGACCAAAUUGUGGCAGGUCCAAGCACCAUGAUUGUGAACCAAUUUCUUUGUGAAGAAAAUCAUGUAUCCCCCAUUGUACCAUCAGAGUCGGUCAAUAUGGUGCCGAUUUCUGUCCCGGCUAUGGCCGCCGUCGCUAGUCGAUAGAGGUAAAGGAUUCUUGGUCAAUACCAAAAUUCAUCUGCAAAUCAUUAUCAUCAUCAUAAUCACCAGCUGUGAUUAUAAAUAAUUAUUCAGUAUGAUGGAAAUUGUAUUAUUAUGUUAUUUGACACUUUGUUACAUGAUGGAUUGUGAUUUAUUGUCUUUUCAUAGACAAUUUUGAUACUUACAUAGGAGAGAAUAAGGAGAAAAAAAGAAGGGAGUUUUUUUUUCUUUUUUUUUCAAAGGCUCUGGAUGACUUGUCGAGUCGUUAAGUAACUAUAUUUGGCGGGCCGUACAUUUGAGGAAGCUUCGUACUAGUGUGUGCUGCACCUGCAUCAUCAAUCAUGAUACAGUAGGCUUUAGAGGGUGGAUGGUGGGGUCCAUGUUUGUGAUUUGCAGCUGUAUUUCUUUUUUCUCAGCAUGAUAGCUACAUGGUAUAUAUAUUACAAUGGUGAUGGGAAUA